AUGGCGAAUCGUCGCAAGUCACUCGAGGUGCCAAUCCUCGUGCACAACCGUCCAUCUCUCGCCAGCAACGGUCUGAAUAGCGUCGGUCGCGCUGCCGCGCCGAGAUACGGAGACCGGGAAGACGGCGAUUGGCGUAGGCAGGAGCAGCAGCAGCUACAACAGCAACAGCAACAGCAGCAGCAGCAACAAGCCCGGGACAGAAACGAGGAGCCGCAGCAGCGGUGGCAGCCGGCUCAGCAACCGGCCGUUGCUGACGGCGACGACUAUUACGACGGCGGCGGCGGUCGCGCGUCCGGCGAAUGCGAUGAUUUAGCUAGCAGCGGAGGCAGCGGCAGCAGCGACGCGUGGGAGGGCGCGGACGACGGGUACGACGGCGAGCGGGAUCCGCGCGCUUACGCUGACGGCGACUGGCGCGCACAACAGGGCGGAAGAGACAGCAUAGCCCGCGGGGACUUGGGGAUGGGCGGCGGAGCCGGAGGGGAGACGCGGGGAACGGGGGGAGGCGGCCGCGGCGGCGGCGGCGGCGGCGGCGGCGGCGGAGGCGGGGGAGGUGAUGACGGGGACGCGCGGGGCGGUGGAAUGGGGGCGGAUUAUAUGGAUGGCGCGGACGGGGAGGGGGAAGGCGGGGAGGCCGACAUGAGCUGGGUGCGGUCCGUAUCCGGGCCUGAUUCGGACGAUACUGUGUGGGUGAAGAUUGCACUCGUUGGGGACCCGGAUUGUGGCAAGUCGAGCUUCAUGGCCCGUUUAUUCGAAGAAUCCGACAGCGAUCUCAGCGCCAGCAGCGGGACCGGCAACGGCGUUGCUAGCGCGCCAGCCAACCGCAGCAGCAGCAGCAGCAGCACGAGAGGCAGCGGGCGGGGCAGUGGUGGUGGGAGUGGUGGUGGCAGUGGGGGUAUACCGGUUGACGGGCUGGCAAACGGGCAAGGGCAGACGAGUGGCGGCGGCGGCGGGGGAGGAGGGGGAGGGGGAGGAGGCGGAGGAAGGGGAGGGGGAGGAGGGGGAGGAGGGGGAAUGUGGUCAGCAGCGUAUGCGCCGACAGUGGGAGUAGAGUGUCACCAUCACAGCAUCGCGCUGCCAGCCUCCCCCACCCCUGCCACCAUCGCCAUUACCUCCUGGGAACUCUCAGGCCGCCGCCAGUUCGCAUCGUUGCUGCCCUUUGUGUGCAACGAUGCGGCAGCGCUGCUCCUCUUCUUCGACCUCACUCGCCCCUCCACCCUCCGCAGCAUUCAGUCAUGGUACUUAGAAGCCCGGGCCCUCAACCAGUGUGCUCUCCCUGUGCUCGUGGGCACCAAGUUUGACCUCUUCUUGCUGCAACCACAGGAGACGCAGCACCGAGUUACCAAGCAGGCAAAGCUGUGUGCGAGGGCCAUGCGCGCCCCUCUCGUGCUCUGCUCUGUGCCGCACAGAGUGAACGUGCACAGAGCCCUGCGCAUCAUCCUCUCGCGCCUCUUCAGCCUUCCAGCACCACAUCAACCGUGCACCACCUCUGGGGAGCCCCUCCUCUUCCCAUGA